GCUACACGUCGGCUUCUCCCAAUAAUACAAUGUUUUUCUGAAACAAAACAGUAACAGAAAAGAAAACACGGAGCGCGUACGUUGGAGGGAGGGGAAAGCAUAUAUUUGCUUUAUACAUAUUUUUAAAAUCCUUCUCACCGGGAAAUCUUUGUUCGGUUUGUUCUGAGGACGCGGUCAUGGUGGAGCUGGAGAAGGAGGUUCUUCCACUACCGCCACGGUACCGGUUCCGAGACCUGUUGCUUGGAGACUGGCAAUCAGAUGACAGAGUGCAGGUAGAGUUCUAUGUGAAUGAAAACACCUUCAAGGAGCGCCUGAAGUUAUUCUUCAUCAAAAACCAAAGAUCCAGUCUGAGGGUGCGGCUGUUUAACUUCUCCCUGAAGGUGCUGAGCUGCCUGCUGUACAUCAUCAGAGUUCUGCUGGAUGACCCACGAGAAGGGAGAGGGGGAUGCUGGGGUUGUCCCAAGCGGAACUCGUCUGAACAGCCUUGGGGUCAGUUUGACUGGUCCUUUAUCAUUUGGGUGAACAGACCUCUCCCUCUGUGGGCUCUGCAGGUUCUUGUGGCUUUCAUUAGCUUUUCAGAGACCAUGUUGCUGGUGUACCUCAGUUAUAAGGGCAACAUUUGGGAACAAGUGCUCCGAAUUCCUUUCAUUCUGGAGAUGAUCAGCGCUGUGCCGUUUGUAAUUACUGUGAUUUUGCCCUCCCUGAGAAAUCUGUUCAUUCCUGUGUUUCUGAACUGCUGGUUGGCCAAGCAUGCCCUGGAGAACAUGAUUAAUGACCUGCACCGGGCAAUCCAACGGACUCACUCUGCCAUGUUCAACCAGGUCCUCAUCCUCAUCUGCACCCUUGUCUGCCUCAUGUUCACCUGUAUCUGUGGUAUCCAGCACCUGGAGCGCGCAGGGAAUAACCUGACCCUGUUCGACUCUCUGUACUUCUGCGUGGUCACCUUCUCCACCGUGGGCUUCGGUGAUGUCACCCCCCAGAUCUGGCCAUCACAGCUGCUGGUGGUGAUCAUGAUCUGUGUGGCUCUUAUCGUGCUGCCCAUCCAGUUUGAGCAGUUGGCCUUCCUCUGGAUGGAGAGACAGAAGUCUGGGGGAAACUACAGUCGAUAUCGGGCCCAAACAGAGAAGCACGUGGUUCUGUGUGUGAGCUGCCUGAAGAUCGACCUGCUCAUGGACUUUCUCAACGAGUUCUACGCCCACCCCAGGUUGCAGGAUUACUAUGUGGUGAUCCUGUGUCCAGCAGAGAUGGACGUACAGGUACGUCGGGUCCUGCACAUCCCCCUGUGGGCCCAGAGGGUCAUCUACCUGCAAGGUUCUGCCCUCAAAGACCAGGACCUAAUGAGGGCCAAGAUGGACGAUGCGGAGGCCUGCUUCAUCCUCAGUAACCGCUUUGAAGUGGACCGCAUCGCUGCCGACCACCAGACCAUUCUUAGGGCUUGGGCGGUGAAGGACUUUGCUCCAAACUGUCCACUCUACGUGCAAAUCCUGAAACCAGAGAGCAAGUUCCAUGUCAAAUUUGCAGAUCAUGUGGUGUGUGAGGAGGAGUUCAAGUAUGCCAUGCUGGCCCUCAACUGUGUGUGUCCUGCCACCUCCACGCUCAUCACCCUGCUGAUACACACCUCCAGAGGACAAACAGCGCCCCCAGAUGCUUUCAGACAACGCACGGGAGCCUUCCAGACACUGACCAGGGAGGGUGGAGCCAGCUCUGCUGACCAAUGGCAGCGCACCUACAGACGCUGCUCAGCCAAUGAAGUGCAUCACAUCCGUCUGGAAGAGAGCAAAUUUUUUGGGGAGUACCAGGGCAAGAGCUUUACCUUCGCCUCUUUCCACGCCCACAAGAAGUACGGGGUGUGUUUGAUUGGGGUGCGCAGGGUGGACACCGCCAACAUCCUGCUGAACCCCGGGCCCUGUCACAUCAUGGGCGGCUCCGACACCUGCUUCUACAUCAACAUCUCCAAGGAGGAGAACUCCGCCUUCGUCAGGGGGCACCACGAAUCCCUGCGCGGACACGGGAGGGGGGGCGGGGGCAACAUGCCCCAAACCAUCUACCACGGGCUGACCCGCCUGCCAGUGCACAGCAUCAUCGCCAGCAUGGGAACUGUUGCUAUGGACCUGCAGGACUCCAAUGACAGCAGCCCAGACAGCUCAGGGGGUGGGGCCGGGAGUGCAGGGGGCGUGGAGAACGGGGGCGGGGCUGAGGGGAGGGGCGGGAACACCUUGGCCCUGCCCGUUGUGUCGGACUCGGUCAAGGAGAGGAGGCACAGCAUCGCUCCGGUCCUGGAGCUGGUGGACGGAGUUAACAGCGCGACCUUCGACCUGCUGGGGGACCAGUCAGAGGAUGAGGGAGGUGAAGAGGGCGAAGAGGGCGGGGACUCGGGCGACACGGACCACUGGUGGGGAGGGCACUCCGAGUGGGUGAAGGGUUAUCCCCUGAACUCUCCCUACAUCGGCAGCUCACCCACCCUGUGCCACCUGCUGCAGGAGAAGAUGCCUUUCUGCUGUGUGCGUCUGGACAAGGCCUGCCACCACGUCCCGUGUGAAGACGCGCGCUCGUACGGCUUUAAGAACAAGCUGAUCAUCGUGUCGGCCGAGUGUGCGGGGAACGGCCUGUAUAACUUCAUCGUCCCGCUGCGGGCCUACUACCGCCCCCGGAAGGAGCUCAACCCCAUCGUCCUGCUGCUGGAGAACCCGCCUGAAGCCCACUUCCUGGAAGCGAUAUGCUGGUUCCCCAUGGUCUUCUACACUGUGGGCUCCAUUGACAAUUUGGACAGUUUGCUCCGCUGCGGGGUGACAUUUGCAGACACCAUGGUGGUGGUAGAUAAGGAGAGCUCGAUGAUCGCUGAGGAGGACUACAUGGCGGACGCUAAGACCAUUGUCAACGUGCAGACCCUGUACAGGCUGUUUCCAGCACUCAGCAUUAUCACAGAGCUGACACAUCCCGCUAACAUGCGCUUCAUGCAGUUCAAGGUGAAGGACCACUACUCCCUGGCUCUGUCCAAGCUGGAAAAGAAGGAGAGGGAGAAGGGCUCGAAUCUGGUCUUCAUGUUCCGACUGCCCUUCGCUGCAGGCAAGGUUUUCAGUGUCAGCAUGUUGGACACCCUGCUCUACCAGUCCUUUGUCAAGGACUACAUGAUCUCCAUUACCAGACUUUUACUGGGGUUGGACUCUACGCCAGGGUCAGGGUUCCUCUGUACGAUGAAGAUCACAGAGGAGGAUCUGUGGAUCAGGACGUAUGGCCGUCUCUACCAGAAGCUUUGCUCCUCCACUGGCGAUAUUCCCAUUGGCAUCUACCGCACUGAAUCCCGCACGCUACCAGUGUCAGAGUCCCAGGUGUCCAUCAACGUGGAGGAGUACGAGGACACUCGUGAGCCGCGGGAGCCCCUCCUCUUUAGGGCGGGGCCUCACCGUAACUCCACCUCCUCGGAGCCGCCCCCCUGCUCCUCCUCCUCCUCGGACCACCCCCUCCUGCGGCGCAAGAGCAUGCAGUGGGCGCGGCGGCUGAGCCGCAAGGGCGGGCGGGGCACGGGGGGCGGCGCCAAGGGCACGGGGAGCGCCGCCGAGAGGAUCAGCCAGCAGAGGCUGACGCUGUUCCGCCGCUCUGAGAGGCAGGAGCUCAACGCCCUGGUGCGCACGCGCAUGAAGCACCUGGGCCUCUCCCCCUCCGCAUACAAUGGGGUGACAGACCAGGGCAACACGCUGUCGUAUAUCCUCAUCAACCCCUCACCCGACACCCGACUGGAGCUCCACGAUGUUGUGUACCUGGUUCGGCCUGACCCGCUGUCACUUGUGUCUGGCACUGGAGUCAACCAAAAGUCCAGCGGGGGUCUGCGAUACGACACCCACCUGUGAGCUAACCUGCAAAACACUGUAAACGACAACCAACACAAGGAAGAGCGAAGAGAGGAGCAGAGGAAAUGAUCGUAGGAGAGGGGGAGGGAGAGAUAGAGACGGAGAGAUACAGAGAGAGAUGGAGAGAGAGAGACAGAGCUAGAGAGAUACAGAGGGAGAUGGAGAGAGAGACAGAGCUGGAGUGAUACAGAGGGAGAUGGAGAGAGGCAGGGAGACAGAGAGAAUGAGAGAGAGGGAUGAGUAAUGUCACAAGGAAGGAGGAAGAGAGAGUAUAUUUUCUGCACAAAGAAAAAUGGUGAAUCCAUUUUUACCCAAAGUUUUGGAGGCAUGGAGGUGUUUACUGCAUUUUUACAAAGAUCUGUAGUCAUGUUUGUGCGUGUAUGUGUGUGUAUGCCUGUUGGUGCAUGCAUGCAUGCAUCGGUGUGUGAGUGUGCAUGGCUGGGUGUGUAUGCGUGUGUACGCGUGCGUGCGCACGCGUGAAAGCGCGCAUGCAAAGUGCAUGCAUAAAAAGCUAAUCACUGCCAUGACGAUUUGACUGCCAAAUACACUUUACCAAAUGGUUUUGGAGGAGACAGAUUGAUAUUUCGUUCAUAAGUGCUGGGUCAGGACACUAAUCCAGUCUGAAAUGGAGGUCUGUGGAUGGAGCCUACGCCACAGCGGCGUUUAAUAGCGACACUCUCUGACGGAAAAUGCUAGCGAUGAGGAGGAGGGCAGAGAGGCCGGAGAGCUCGGGGAAUCCACAGCGCGUCCGUUGUGAAUACGAACAUUUUCACAGGGAAACACAGCUCUGCUGCUGUUCACAUGUCUGUCUACACUGUACAAUCAAUGGAAACAAAUGAGGUUGUGAAAAAAGGUGAACAUAUGUAUAUAUUAAAAACGAAGUAAACCAA